CCUGUAGUUGAAUAUGCAAUGUUCUGUAGAUAAAUCCCGGCCAGGGUUUUCCUGCAUCAGGUAGGUUUUCAAUGGUGAAUGGCAUGUUCCCUAGAUGUUGUGCUCCUGGUAGUGGCUGAUCAUCUGGCACAUUUAACUUUUUAGCAUGAAGUGCCUAUCCUAUGCCUGAGCGUAUCCUACACGUGUCCUUGAUGGGGUUAGCCACUGUAGUCUCCCUCAUACAAUAGUUGAGGGCAAUAGGCCCUUUUCACAACUACGUCACUUAACUUCCGCUUUUCAGCGCAGCCGGGUAAUGUAACUUCCGUGUUAGACGACAUUGGGGGAGAGUCUACUAACAGCUCGAAAUAUCGACAAAAAAUUAUCAUAACACGCAUGGCACAGUCAUCAUGUAAAUGUUAUUGUAGUGUUCCCUGUUGUUCAAACAACAAAAAGAAGUUUCCUUAUCUGAGUUUCCACGACUUUCCAGUGGACGAAGAAAUACGUUCCCGUUGGGUUAGGGCGAUAAGAAGAGAUGAGGGACUUGGUUUUAAAAUACUUCGAGGGAGCACCUAUGUAUGUAGCCAACACUUUGCCCCAGAGGAUACAUACACAACACCCAGCAGUGGACGAACCAGGAUAAAAAAGGGAGCAGUGCCAUCUAGAUUUCCCUGGAAUGACUGGGGUAAAGGAAAAGGGUCACAAGCUCGGCAGUCAGUUUACCAGAGAGCAAGGAAACGUUUAAGGCCUGCUGUCCUUGAUGAAUCUCAGGAGAUGCUUGUUCCAGGAGACAUCACAGAAGAGGCCCUGCCUGUGGGUGGAGUGACAAAAGAUCAUGACUAUGCCUACCAUCCUUCUCCUGGUAAACUGGAUGGCGCUGCACAGAGAAUCCAAGAGUUGGAGCUUCAGGUUUUGUCACUAGAGCUUGAAAUCCAGCAGCUGACCAUUAAGAAGCAGCAGCCUCUGAUUUUCAAGUUCUGCGUCACAGAUGAAGACUUUCGUUACUACACUAGGUUCAGCUCAAAGGAGGUUUUCACUGUGUUUUGGGAGUCAGUUUACCCCUCUGCUUCACGCCUUUUGUACUGGUCCAAGGCACAACGAACAGCACAAGAGACACCUAGCCCUCAGCGAAAACUUCAGCUCAUUGAUGAACUGUUCAUGUUUCUCUGUCGUGUUGCAGCCGGGCUUCAGGAGAAAACCUUGUCGUCCAUCUUCGAGGUCAGCUUGUCUACAGUUAGCCGCAUCAUCUUAACAUGGACAAGCUACCUUUACCAGGUUCUUGGCUCGCUACCAUUGUGGAUGACAAGAGAGCAAGUGCAGGCCACAAUGCCUGACAAGUUCAAGCUCUACUGCCCUCAGGUGAGAGUGAUAAUCGACUGCACCGAGAUUCGUUGUGAAACAGCAUCUUCUCUUUUGCUACAGUCAGAAACUUUUUCCAACUACAAAAAUCACACCACCUUUAAAGGUCUAAUUGGCAUUGCACCAUGUGGGGUUAUCACAUUUAUAUCAAAAUUGUACACAGGCUCCAUCUCGGAUAUAGAAAUAACUCGGCAGUCACAGAUCUUACAGUUACUUCAACCAGGAGAUGGAGUAAUGGCUGACAAGGGGUUCCAAAUUGAGAAGAUGCUGUCAGAGGUGGGGGCAACACUAAUCAUCCCUCCACUGAAGAAAUCUAACCAGCUCAGCAUGGAGGAUACCCAGAAGACCCAGGCUAUUGCCCGUCUUAGAAUUUUAGUUGAGAGGGCCAUACGUAGGGUGAAGGAGUAUCAUAUUUGGGAUGGACAUGUUCCUCUUUCUAUGGUAGGCUCAGUCAAUCAGCUGUGGGCCAUCUGUUGCAUGUUGUGCAACUAUCAGGGACCUCUUGAUAUCAAAGGGGACAAACCCAUCUGAAAAGGUUCCUUUUCUAAAGGGAUGGUUCACCCAGAAUUGGCCAGAAAUUAAAAUUUUGUCAUUUAUUCACUCUCAUGUUGUUACAAACCUGUAUAAAUUUCUUUGUUCUGAUGAACACAAAGGGAGAUAUUUUAGAGAAAUGUUUGUAACCAAACUAUUUGUGGACCCCAUUUUUUUCCAUAGCAUUCUUUUUCCUACUAUGGAAGUAAAUGGGGUCUAUAAACGGUUUGAUUACAAACAUUUCUGAAAAUAUCUUUGUGUUCAUCAGAACAAAGAAUAGAGGUUUGCAACAACAUGAGCGUGAGUAAAUGACAGAACUAUCGCUUUAAAGCAGUGUUCUUCACAUCCAACCCUGGGGAGCUGUUGCCCUGCAGAGUUUAGCUUGAUUAAGGUUGGAGCUAAACUUUGCAGAGCACCAGCUCUCCAGGGUUAGAUGUGAAGAACACUGCUUUAAAGAGUUAGUAUUUCACACUGUGCAGAUGAACUGUAUAUACAAGGGCUGUGUAUAAUAUUUUUACAUUUGUUA